AUCUGGAGACGUGAAAGGCUGCAAGGAAGCCUGCAUUUACCCCCCGCCCCCGUGAAAAUGUUCCAAUAGAGACGGAUUAAAUCUUUGGGUGGACUCCAUCUAUACACCCAUCAAAACAGUGGGAAAUGUUCCCACUGUGGGAGGGCCUGGGGCUGGGGGUGGUGAAUUUACAGAACAGACCUAACCUUUCACCAGAACCAAAUUGCCAGGUGCUGAUACCUUCUCCAAGAAAAAAGGCCAAAGCAAAUGUGCAAAUGCCAUGUAAAGCUGCCAUUGUGGUUCAGCUGGUGCAUCUAAACCCUCUGGUGCAGAACCAGUUUGUUUAACUAGUCCUGAACCUUGGGUGCCUGUUUAGCAGCUUGCAUGGGAAGACUUGGAUCUCCGCUCUACUUCUUGUUGGCGUUCACGUGGCAAAACCGGACUGUCUCGGAAGGGGACCACGGGCUAAAGCAGGCGCACUCAACUCCUGGCCCAGGGGCCAGCUCUGGCCUGUGUAGCUCCCUAUGGAUCUGAAAAUUGGAUGGCGGGUUGCCUGCUGCCAAAUUUCUGGACCCAUGGGGAGGUGGCGUGACCUAGUGCAGGGCAUCAGGGUCCGAUCCUGGCUCGCAGGACCUGUUUCUGGUAUACAGGGGCUGGCUGAGGCUGCACGGGAUGCAGAGGUUGAGCACUGCUGAGCUAAACAGCGAGCAAACAGUUUUCUUGUCCUAUUCUGCAUUUUCCCCCAUGCCUGGAGAUGGGGCCCAGUUCAGCAAGGGAAGGCAGGUUGAGUGCAAUGGGCAGACAUCCUUCCAGAAGUUGGAAAGGGUUUCAUUGCCCAGGGCUGUUAAGCUAGCGGCUUUCUCCUUCGCUCCAUUGAUUUAAAACAAGCUGCUUCUCUCCCAGACAAACAGCUGCUUGCUCCAGCACCAGUACAGAUUGAACCUGUCUUGGAGGGGGAAAAGCCACAGCAGGAUCCGGAUACCCUGGCUUGCAGGAGGUGGGGAUGGUGUCUCUGGGAUGGUUAGAGAAAGCCUGCUGGCUUGUUCACUCAUUGAGAGAGCAAUGCAGCCUUCCUGAAUUACUGAUUGCUGCUCUGGCAUGCAAAAUGGUGAUGCUGGUCUCUGUCUUCUCACCCACAGCCCCCCAUCAGACGCCCCUGUGCAUCCAGCUGCCUGCGCCAGGAGACAGCUGCCUUGUUUGAAGAUCUGAAUCAUGUCUCACCCAUCCUGGCUCCCGCCGAAGAGCACUGGCGAGCCCGUUGGCCACGUGACUGCACGAAUGGAGACCACGCAUGCUUUCGGGACCCCCAGCCUCUCGGUGUCCUCCCAGCAGAUGCCGAAGAAGUUUGCCCCUGUUGUUGCUCCGAAACCAAAGUACAAUCCCUACAAGCCGCCAGGAGGGGAUGGGGACUUCCUGCCGCCACCGCCACCUCCUAUGGAUGAUCUUGGCAACUUCCCUCCAUCGGCUGGUUCUUUCCCUCCUCCACCGCCUCUGGAUGAGACCGCGUUCAGCGUGCAGGCAAAUCCUGGCGGCAAGACCCUGGAGGAAAGGCGUUCCAGCUUAGAUGCGGAGAUCGACUCUCUGACCAGCAUCCUGGCGGACUUGGAGAGCAGCUCCCCGUACAAGCCUCGGGUUCAACAGGGCUCUGGGAUGCCCCCCGGUUCCUCCGUGGCCGCCGGCCCAGGCUCCACUCCUGUCACCGGGCACAAGCGGAUGAUUAUUCCAAACCAACCUCCUCUCACCGCCACCAAGAAGUCCACCAGCAAGGCCCCAGCUCAGCCGUCCCCCAUCCCAGUCACUCCAGUGGGCACGCUGAAGCCUCAACCGGUCCCAGCUUCUUAUACCACCGCGUCCACUCCCAGCCGGCCGGCAUUCAACGUGCAGGUGAAAAUGGCCCAGCCCAGCCCUCACUUCCAGCCCUCCGGCCCUCAGCCCGGUCCGUACACCAGCCUCGGUCCAAACCAGCCCUAUGGACCGCAGCUGACUCGCCCCCCCGGGCCAGCCCAGUACGCUCCAUCCCAGCCCCGGGCCCCGGAGUAUGGAUACGGUCCCCAGCUCGCGCGCCUGUCAGAGCUUGGCUACGGCUACGCGGCACCCCAGGGGCGUUACCAAGACCCUUACUACACCGCGGGCCCUGCCUACGGGGGAAGAAACAGCUCCGAGCCGCCCUAUGCUCCGCAAAACACCUGGAAGCCCGAGCCGGCAUAUCCCGCAGCCAACACCAUGGCCCAGACCCCCGCGGGGAUGUACCAGCCACCCGGCACAAAGAAGACCUACAUCACCGAUCCAGUCCUGGCACCGCAGCCGCCACCCUUGCAAGCAAAGGGCGGGUACCCUGGUUCUGGCCCAGCGUCAAAUGCUCCUGUCUUCAGACCAGAGGAUGAGCUGGAGCACCUGACCAAGAAGAUGCUGUACGACAUGGAGAACCCUCCCUCGGAUGACUACUUUGGCCGUUGCGCUCGUUGCGGCGAGAACGUGGUGGGGGAAGGCACCGGCUGCACCGCGAUGGACCAGGUGUUCCACGUGAACUGCUUUACCUGCAUGACAUGCAGCAGCAAGCUCCGGGGCCAGCCUUUCUAUGCGGUGGAGAAGAAAGCCUACUGCGAGCCCUGCUACAUCAACACGCUGGAGCAAUGCAGCGUCUGUGCCAAGCCCAUCAUGGAGAGGAUCCUUCGAGCCACGGGGAAGGCCUACCACCCCCACUGCUUCACCUGCGUGAUGUGCCACCGCAGCUUGGACGGGAUCCCCUUCACCGUGGACGCCGGCGGGAACAUCCACUGCAUUGAGGAUUUCCAUAAGAAAUUUGCACCGAGAUGUUCUGUGUGUAAGGAGCCCAUCAUGCCGGCUCCGGGUCAAGAGGAGACCGUCCGCAUUGUGGCCUUGGAUCGCGACUUCCACGUUCAUUGCUACCGGUGUGAGGACUGUGGCGGCCUCCUGUCUGAAGGGGACAACCAGGGCUGUUACCCUCUGGAUGGACACAUCCUUUGCAAGACCUGCAACUCUGCUCGGAUCCAGGCACUUACUGCCAAGGCCAGCACUGACCUCUGAGCCCCCACCGCGACACUCCCGAUUUGUCUGCUGGGGAAUUGCACAAGCGUUGCUUUUAGCCUGACUCCUUUCCAACCUAAUUCUUGAUUGAAAAGGUAAAACUGGAAGGCCUUGGACCAAGAGGGCUAGUUCCUAAGUGGGGUUCUCCUGAACCUCCAAAUGAUUCAUAUUGCCUGAGAUAAAGCUGAAACUGUUGGGUUUGAUUCUUCUCUUACACGUGUGACAGUCUGAUCCAGUUCUUGCUGGAAGUGCUGAGUUGUUUUGCAUCAAUUUUAAUGAGACUGGGAGUGAAUUCUCUCAAUUAGAGCUUGCUCCAUAGUAACAGACUGCACGCACGUGAGAUGAGAAGCCGUGUCUCAACACAGCCUACACAGUGCUGACCCCGCAGAGCUUUCACGUACGUGUGGCUUGUAGGGGGACCCACAGUUGAACUCUCCAUCUCUCCCUCAUGUCCACACUUGUCUCCAUUCCCUUCCAGUUUAAUAUCCUUUUCCUUUUUUUUUAUAAAAUCAUAGUUUACUCUUGCUUAAAUGUAUUCAGUAACAAUACUUCCAACUCAGAUGCUUAAGCAUGUCUGUAUGAGCAAUGGCUGAAAGAUCUCAGCUUGCACAUAUGCUCACCCAUACACAUGUUGGUUUACUAGAGAUCGGGAGCCAAUUAUGUACAUUGAGAAGUGAUGGUAAUUAAGUUUGGGUCUGAAAAGGUUCAGAAGAAACCCCACAUGGUAACAGUGACACUGACUAAUAAUCAUCACCAGCCGUGAGCGAUGCUCAAAAAACCUUAAGCCAACCAUUGAUCAGUGCAGUGAUGUAGAAACCCACUGGAUGGGCAGGGGUUGUUUCCAGACAGGUAAAGUCAUGCCAUUUUGAUCCACCCUCUGCUGACACCAAUGGAAAGAUUCCCAUUGACUUUAAUGGGCGUUGAAUCAGACCUUAAAAUCGGAGGGGGCUUUCCAGGUCGAUCGCAACAUACUUGAACAGGAAUUACAGUACGAGGCACUAUUCAAUUCUGGGCCCUUUCCAAAGAACUGACCCAGUUCUUUCUCCAUCUUGAGAGUCCCGCAGGGGCAUUUUUGCUGCCAAACAGGAAACGAGGGACGUGGUUCUGCUUGCCUUUGCUUUUUGUUUCAUUCCAAUCAUUUUUUUCUUCCCAGUGAAGAAAUGUCAUUUCACAGGAACGGCGGAGUGAUUGGCGUUCCAGGCAAAAGGGACACGUUAUCCUCUCUUCCAGGAGUUAAAAAUUAAGACCAAGGUCAGCGAACACCUGGGCAUGGGCAACUCAUGGAGGUUUGCCUUGUUUUGUUGUUUUUGUUAAUUAAGAGCUACAUUAUAAAUCUGCAGCUCGUUUUGCGAGGGCUUUAAUACUCUUGUUUACGAAACCUCUAAUAACUAAGGUGCAAAUUACAGAACGAAGGAGCAAUUUUCAUAUCACUGAAUUGACAUUAAUGUCUUAUUUGCAGAUGUAAUCAAAGAGACUACCUUUCUGUGCACUUACCAAAUUACAAGCUGGAAUCAAAGCCAUUGAGGGGUGAUUGACCAUAUUAAUAAUGAACUGGUGGAUUUGAA